AUGUUUUAUGUUCAGCAAAUCCAUCGUCUAAUGACGGCGGAUGAGGUGAUGGGAAUAUUUCAUACAACACAUGACUCAGUGCCUGACUACGAACUUGUGCCGGUGUUGUAUUCGAUACACGGUGCAAAUGGAAAUAGCACGAUAAAGAUGUACAUCAAGGCUUUCCAACAAAACAUUGAAUUGCACUUAAAUACUACCGGUGAAUACCUUGCUAGCGAAGAUACUCCAUUGUGGACUGUAAAGUCUAAUCAACAAGAGCCCGAAGGACUUCAGUACAGUUUAAUACCCAAAGCAUUGAAAGAUAUUGGUGUGCCAAUGCAAGACGAGGACUCAGAUGCAGCAGUUCUAGCUACACCGCGUGACAAUAAACUACGUAUCUUUGAUGGCUUUCUUUCUUAUAACUUGAUCAUACGUUCCUUACCAGAACGUAUUGUUAAACACAUUUUGUACGGAGAGAAUGGAUUGUUCGAAGAUUCUUUCACCGAGGAACGAGCAGCAGAUGAUUUAAUUGUAACUUAUCAUCAUAUUGUCUACAGAAAAGUCCCAAAGAAAGGCUCUGAAAGCUUCAAUAUAACGAACCCACUGACUCGUAUGUACCAAAUUGUGGAUACGGUAUAUCCGGAAGUCUUAGUAGUUAUCGAUUAUGAUUUGUAUACAAUGUUAGGUAAAAAUAUCGAUCAAGCUAAACGAUAUAUCGUUGCGUUAUGGAAUGGAGUAGACUUAAGAUAUCGUGUAUUAACGAAUCCAAAGAUACGUCUGAAUAUUGCAGGCAUAAUUAUUGGUAUGGACAAAGCAGCGAUUCCGUACAUAGAAAAUAAUCGCGUGGAUUUAAAUGAUGUGGACGCUUAUCAGGCUUUGCUCGGCAUGGGAAAUUAUUUCUAUAACGAAAAGAGAUUUCCGGAGAAUGUCUACGAUAUGGCAGUGUGCAGCACGAAGUUAGGAGCCCACCAUGAUGGUACCUCAAAUGGCGCCGCAAAUUGCUCUGCAAGCAAUGAUAAUAUCAUGAGUGGUACACUUGCGUUGAGUCAGCACGAAUUUGAAUGGUCCAACUGCAGUAUAAGGUCACUUCGCAAAUUCCUCAGCGAGGGUAAAGCGAAGUGUCUCUAUGACGAACCACCGAAAGCCACGGUAAUUAGACGUAUUUUGCCUGGAAAAUUCAUGUCCCCUGAUGUUCAAUGUAAAAAAGCCUAUAGCGGUAAAUCGUGUAAUAAAAAUUCACCUUCGAUGUGCUAUAGUUUAAAGUGCACAGUUCCCGGAACUAAUGGUUUAUGUAUUCCGAUUGCGGCGGCAGCUGAUGGUUCUUCUUGUGGAAAUGGCCUUGUAUGUCUUGAUGGGGAAUGCGUAUUGGAGGGAUCGGAAAUUAAAAAGGAAAAACUUCGAACGUAA